AUGGGAAAGUCCUCUUCAAUCUUCUCCUUCUGCAACAUAUUCAAGGCCUGCUUUUCUAGUAGCAGCAGAGACGAUACCUACUCUGACGACGGUGGUGUUUAUGUUAGAAGAAGAAUAUGUCCAAGCGAUGAAGACAGAGGAGGUUGGACUGCUGAGCCUGGCAUCGACGGCAAAGCCUCUGACUUCAUUACCAGAUUCUAUGCUAGUCAUGUUUCCGAUCCCGAGUGCCAAACCUUUGCUGUUUGA